UGACUGUAACCGAAGUAAGACUACAAGAGUUGAGAAAAAAGCUCCGGCCAUCUGUGCUAGCUGUAAUUGGAGAAAGAACGAAGAAGGGUUGGGUUUGGAAGGAUUCCAAAGGGCUAGCUUCCAAGCUUUACAGUUUCAAGCAUGAUCCUUGAUCACCUGCAGAGGGGAAAAAAACAGCUCUAGGAGCCGAUGUAGGACCCUGUACCUCUAAUUUGGAUGACUUUCUUAAUGGAAUAGGAGCUGAUUCAAAAACAGAAUCGCUCCCGGACCUUCAAGAACAAGUAGUAUGGAUGAAGGUUGAGUUGUGCAGGUUGCUGGAGGAGAAAAGAGCUGCAAUUCUAAGAGCUGAGGAGCUAGAAACAGCACUUAUGGAACUGGUCACACAAGAUAAUAGGCGACUAUUAAGUGCCAGGGUUGAACAACCGGAGCUAGAGGUAGCGGAGUUAYGGAGAACUCUAGCAGAGAAGAAAGAACAAGAAGUUGCAAUGCUUCAGUUAUUGAUGCGUGUUGAGCAAGAGCAAAAAGUAACCGAGGAAGCUAGAUCAAAUGCAGAGCAAGAUGUAGCUGCUCAGAAAUAUGCUGUUCAUAUGCUGCAGAUAAAUAUGAGAAAGCUAUGGCUUCACUUGCUGAGAUGCAGAAGAGGGCGGUGAUGGCAGAAUCCAUGUUGGAGGCUACAUUACAGUAUGAAUCUGGCCAAGUUAAAGCAACAACAUCUCCUGGGUCACGUAAUCAAGGACCUGCACAGGAAAAUCAAAGAAGGAUAGGAUUGCUGCCAUUUGCUCUAGGAGGCUGGCGAGAUAGAAACAAGGCUAGAUCGGCCGUUGUAGAAGAACCCUCUGAACAGAAGAUGGUGAACGAUGAAAGCAAAACCGAUCCUGUUACUGAACAGAAGUAAUUAAAGAACCAAUAUAAUCCGAUAAGGAAGUAAAGGUU